CUUUAUUUCGUCCAAGGAAUACCUUACGGCUUUCAGAAAGACUUUCUACCGAUUUAUUUACGGGUUGGGGGUUUCAGUUUGACUAAACUUGGUUUACUGAGAUUAGUAUGGUUUCCUUGGCUGUUAAAAUCUUUAUGGUCUCCAUGGAUCGAUAAAAUAAGCACGCCUGAUAAAUGGCUAACUAUUUUAUUAACAUUAAUGGCUUGCAAUGCAUGGAUAUGCCGAACUGUUUCUGCUAAUUCUGUACACUUACUGACUACCUUGUUAACACUAUUAAAUUUUUUAACAUCUCUCCAGGAUAUUGUGAUCGACGGAAUUACAGUUGCUUCGCUGAGCCAUGCUCAGCUGGGCGCCGGAAAUAUCGUUCAAAUAGUUGGUUAUAAGCUAGGUAGCUUAUGUGCUUCCGUAAUUAUGAUCCGACUGGGAUGGCAUACAUUUUUUAUAAUCUUGGCAGUUAUAUACUUUUCAUGCGCGAUACUUGCUGGCAGUACCAGUCCAAUUAAAAAUAUUCAUUAUCCUUUAUCACGGAAGCAACUUCCAAAAAUAGCAACAUUUAUUGACAGCAUAUUACAACAGUUUAGUGCGGCGUGGAUGUUAUUAUUUGUGACGGUAUAUAAACUUGGUGAGCAAGCUGCGUUAUCAAUCUUUCCGCUCUAUCUAAUUGAUUUGGGAUUAUCAACGGAAUUUGUGGGAGUAAAAAUUAGAAUAUUACAAGAAGUAUUCUCCGUAGUUGGCUCGCUGUAUGGUGGUUGGUCGUUGGCUCGAAUCAUGUUGGACUAUGUUUGUCUCCGGAUGCUACCUAUUACGCUAAUUGCACUAAUGCCAUGUUUUGUCAAUAUUUUAUCUCGAAACGAAUCAGUCGGUAUAGCCUUCUUUUUACUCAUUAUUAUCUCUGUAGUUUCAACUCUAUUGGCUUGCGGACUUCAGCUAUGUUCUGGAAUUAUUACGAGCUUAACAUUUACUAUGAUGAUGCAAAAUGCAAAGAAAUCACCAGGACACUUUUAUGCUACCCAUUAUAGUACUUUAGCAACAGCAGAACUUGCUGGAAAAUUAUUUGUGAUGUCUUUAGCUGGUUUAAUUGGCGAUAUCGUAGGGUAUCAGAUAUUUUUUAUUUUUUGUUUUUUUGCAUGUCUUCUUGUGAUUCCGCUACUGCUU